AGUUACAAAUAACACGUUAAAGGAUGAUAAGUCAAAAGCCAUAGUCACGUGACGAAUUUUAUUCUUCAGACACUUACAACUAUCAGCUGUUAGUGGGAGUAUAGCCCAAAAUGGAACUGAAAGAAUGUAUUUUCUGUUCGAUUUUCAGCUGAAAGUUGAGUUGUCACUAAUUGAAAAAAUUAUCGGAAAUUGAAAUUAAAUAUUUAUUAUGACUUGAAGUUAAUUUCCAGCAAUUUAUCAUAGUGAUUAGAAUAGUGAUUGUUAAAUCAGUGAAAGUAUUUAUUCAAUUACUUCUGAACAAGACUUUGAAGGUAUGGAUAAAAUAGAUAGAGGCUCCUACGAAAGAUUAAGUAUACGAGAUAGUAUAAGGGAAUCGGCACAAUCUCUAAGAAAAUAUGGCAGUACUAGCAAACAUGUUAUGAAGAAUGAAAAUUAUAUUAAGCACUUUGUGACGAACACGGACACUUUACAAGGAAUUGCAUUAAAAUAUAACGUUACUAUUGAACAAAUACAUAGAGCAAAUAAAUUAUGGACUUCUGAUAGUUUAUUUUUAAGAGAAUAUCUUCUAAUACCUAGUGAAGAAUCAUCUUCUAGUUUUGUUGAUCUUGAAGAACGACCUAAAUCGAUAUCGAGUCUUACGUCUCCUAGUAAUUCUAGUUUCGAUGAAGAAGAUAUUGGAGGUUUUUUAAGUAAAAUCGACGCGGCAAUUGCUACAAGCAAGGAAGGCGUCAAAAAAACUAGUAGAUCUAACGAAUUUGUUGAUGAUUUUGAAGAAAUCGAGAGGCGAUUACCACCCGUAUCGAGAAUGAAGCAGAUGGUGAAUAAUAACAGUAGUAACAACGUAAUUUCGGAACAAGGCAGUCUCUUACACAAUCCAAAUAGUAUAGUCGUACAGCAAGGUACUAAAGCUCGUACGUCUCCGAAACAACACGAACAACAUCAAGAUGAAUUUUUUGAACUAUAGCUAAAAUACGGAUUAAAUUUUUUUUUGUUGGAAUAUUAUACCUACCAAAAAUACGAGAAUAAAUGCAAUUGGUUUAUAUCUUUUAUAUAUAAUAUAUACCGGAUGUCCCGCUACGAAAUAUAUCUAGAAAAUAAAUUGAAAUUAUAAAGUGUUUCGAUCAAAUUUUUAUUAUUUUACAUUUUUUGAAAGAAAAAAUGUUUAAUAUUUGUAAUAUUUCAAAUUUUUUCUUGUCAAGUACUAGUGGACGUACUGUAUACUUAAAAGGAGAAAUAAAGAUAAAAAUGUAUUCAGGAAUUUUGGAAUUGAGCCACUUAAUGGUUUUUAUACACAUUCUGUAAGGUGGAUCAAUCCGUUGCUAAUUGUUCUCUAUGUGGUCCUGUUUUGUUUCUUUUUUUUUUCCAUUGCUUGAUUCACAUUCUAUUUAAAUUCCUCUUUUUCCAUUGCUUGAUUCACAUUCUAUUUAAAUUCCUCCUUUAUUUAUAACUAUUUUGAUCUGGGCCUUCUUUUUCUGCAUCCUGGAUUCCAUCCAUUUAUGCCGUAGUAUUCUUCGUCCUUUAUUAUGUUUAUCUUUUCAUUUCACUAACUCUAUUUAUUCUUCAUGCUGUCCUGUCCUGUCCUGAUCUCUUUCUUCCUCAUUGUUUCAUUCUUGUAUUUUGGUUCUUCUUUAUUUAUAAUGUAGCAUUGACAAAUCUAGUAUGUUAUCGUUUACUAUCCAUUUGAGCCAUAGUAUUCUUCUUUUAUACUUUCGAUCAAUGUUUUUCUUUCAUUAUUCAUAUAUUUAUCUUUUCAUUUCACUAUCCGUAUUCUCAAUGCUGUCUUGUCCUGGUCUUUUUUGCAUCUUUUCAGUCCUUAUUCUAUUCUGGCCCUUUUUUAUUUUGAUCUAUGCCUUUUUCUUCUUCUUCUUUACUAACCACAGAUGGCAUUCUUUCUAUUACUUUAAUUAUAUCUUCCUCUUUGUGUAGCACAGAAACAAUGACAAAAACAGAAAAAGAGUUGACAAUAACAGAAAGAAUAAAAAAGAAGAUAUUAUAAAAAGAAUAAAAUAAAGAAUUCUAUGACAUCUAGAUGGUCAGCUAUAUCUUCUUUUUAUCCUUCUUUCUGUUAUUGUCCACUCUUCUUCUGUUUUUAUCAUUGCUUCAGUGCUAUACAUUAGUAUCUUGUCUCAUCAUUGUUUUAUCCAAUUUGAUCUCCUUAUUAACAUUGAAUUAUCCACUAUGUUAUCUCAUACUCUCAAUAAAUGUCACAAUAUUUUUUUUGAAAUCUUCCCAUUUCACUUAAUAUCUAUUUUUAUCAAUUUCAAUCUGUCCCAUUAUUUUUCUUUCAGUUAUUGGUAACUUUUCUUUCUUUUUCUUCUUCUUUUUAUGCAUAAAGUUUCUUCUUAUUAUUCAUUAUAUAAUUUCUCAACAUAUUCUAAUUAGCAUUUACUGUGAUAUCUCUUUCAAAUUGAUUGAGUCGAACGCUCUUUGGAAGUCAACAAACAGCAUUUUCAAAUCGUUUUAGUGUUCGUGUGUUUUUUUUUCUAUUUAUUUUUCUCAAAAUAGGAUCAUUUAGAAUAUGGAAUGUGUUAUUAGUCUCUCAAUUUUUUUAUAUAACUUCAUCACUUUGUAUAUUUUGGCAUAUUUUGAUUAAUAUUUUAAUUAAAAUGUAAAAAUUUUGUUAUUGAAAGUUUUUUAAUAAUCGUCUAUAGUAAAACUGUGAUUCUAAUUAUUAUUAUAUAAUUAAAUUUCCACCCUGUAUAUUUUAUAUAAUUUAUUUAUCUCGCAAUAAAUCUGGAAAAUUUCAGUAACUGAAGUGAUUUUUCAAUAAAUUCGUGCUCAAUAUGAAUAAACUGACUAAUUUUAGCUUCUAAUUGAUACCAGUAGUGUUUCUUAAAUAGGGUGUUUCAAAAUUAAUGAGAAGCUUAUAGAUUUAGACAAUAAUGUUGAUAAUUCGUUAAAAUUUUACAAUUUAAUAGUAAUAUCACUGAACAUUAAUAUAUACAGGGUGAAAUUUGAAAUAUAAAUAGUAUUCCGGUUCUUGUGGGGCAUCCUUUUAAUAUGAUAAAUAAAUUCAUGUUCUAAUUAUUUUUUUUUGUAUCGAUAUAAAUGUUAUUUUUGUUUGUAAAUAUAUUGAAUGUAAGAAAGAGAUGUAUUAAAUAUGUAUAUGAUUAACGGAUUAAAUAUUUUCUUGUA